GGAGUUUUUCUUCAAAUUUGGUUAUGCUUUUCUUAUCAUAACACUUAUUAUAAUGAUAUGGAUGUCACUGGCGCGAGCGUCACUGUAUAAUCAUCGAGAAUUGGAAGAGAUGAGAUAUCCGCCCUGCACAUAUAAUUCUUUUUGUACGUGCUCAAAAUCAUCAUCAGAUUUGGGUAUAGUUUACUGUAAAAACGUACCCUUUCCAGCAUUGCCAAGAAUGGUAAACCAAUCAAAGGUUUUCAUGCUGCACAUGGAAAAUACAGGGUUACGAGAAAUAGAACCAUACUUUUUACAAUCAACAGGCAUGUAUCGUCUUAAAAUAUCGGGGAACCAUUUAACUGAGAUACCAGAUGAUGCUUUUACCGGCCUAGAACGUUCCUUGUGGGAACUCAUACUGCCACAAAAUGAUUUAGUGGAAAUACCAUCGAAAUCAUUUAGACAUUUGCAAAAGCUAAGACAUUUAGAUUUGGGCCAUAAUCACAUAACACACAUACAACAUGAUUCCUUUCGCGGUCUCGAAGACUCAUUACAGACACUUAUAUUGCGCGAUAACUGCAUUUCCACAUUGCAAGCUCACAGUUUUUCAGGUCUUCUCAUAUUGGAAACGUUGGAUUUGAGUGGCAACAAUUUAUUUGAAAUUGAUCCUAAUGUCUUUGUGGAUGGUAUGCCGAGACUAAUGAAACUUUUAUUAACGGACAAUAUACUUUCGGAAAUACCAUAUGAUGCUCUGGGACCAUUGAAGAGUCUACGUACCCUGGAUAUAUCGCACAAUGUGAUUUGGUCCAUGAGUGGCAAUGAAACAUACGAUAUACAGUCUACCACAAAGCUAAAUUUGGACAAUUUACAUUUGGAAUAUAACAAUAUCAGUAUGUUGCCACCAAAUUCAUUUAAAUAUUUUGAUAUUGUCAAUCGAACAUUUUUGGAUGGAAAUCCGAUACAUACAAUUAAGGAUGAUGCCUUUAAGUCUGCUAAAAUACGUGAAAUUUAUAUGCGAUAUUGUGGUCUAACUCAUAUAUCACCAAUGGCAUUCGAUAGCUUAGUAAAUAGCCUACAAAUAUUGGAUUUAUCUGGAAACAAUUUAACGCAUUUACAUCAUAAACUGUUUAACAAAUUUGAUGUUUUAAGAGUCAUAAGUAUGCGCGAUAAUAAAAUCAAAAUCGAUCAACCCACGGAAACAUUCAAUGCUAUGCAAUAUACACUGCUAAAAUUGGACUUGAGUGGUGAUCAAAAUGAUCAGACUAAUUUACAAACACUGCGCAAUAUGACCAGAAUGAGGAAUAUGCGUUCUCUAUCCAUGUCACGUAUGAGUUCAACUUCUAUAGGACCCGAGGAUUUUAAGGAUUUUGGUGUAGAGUUGGAAGAUUUACAAAUAACACGUGCACAAUUAACGAAUAUACAAUCGCAUGCCUUCAAGCAUGUGAGGGGGUUAAAGCGCAUGGAUUUUAGUGAGAACUCAAUAUCGAGUAUUGAAAAUGAUGCCUUCGAUGAGAUUGGCCACUCAUUAAUUUCUUUAAAAAUUGCACAUGGCUUCUCGGGUACAGCCCUGCCUUCGGAACCUUUGCGUCACUUGACCUCUUUGCAAGAAUUGGAUAUGAGUAAUAAUAAAAUACAGAGUAUGAGUGAUACUAGUUUUCAUUUUUUAAAGAAUUUAAGACUAUUGGAGUUGCACGAUAAUCGUAUUGAACAAGUUAUGAAGGGAACAUUCCAGGGUGAUAUACAUUCCAAAUUGGAGGAGAUUUCUUUGCGUUUUAAUCAUUUAGCACAAGUUUCCCAGCAUACAUUUUUUGAUCUAGAGGCUUUAAGAAAACUUCAUUUGGAUGAUAAUAAAAUAGAGCGUAUUGAGCGUCGUGCAUUUAUGAAUUUGGACGAGUUAGAGCAUUUAAGUUUACGUGGUAAUAAACUUAAUAAUUUAGCAGAAGAAUCGUUUCAGAAUUUACCCAAAUUGGAAGUUUUGGAUAUGGCAUUUAAUAAUUUACCCAAUUUUAAUUUUGAUUAUUUCGAUCAGGUGGGUACUUUAUCAAAUUUGAAUGUAAACGUUAGUCACAAUCAAAUCAAAAUGUUGAUGCACAAUUCGUCGUGGACCGUUCGAGGAGACCAUGGCUCCAUGUAUCAUUCAAAUAUAAAGAUUUUAGAUCUUUCACACAAUAACAUUUCACUUAUACAUCCGGGCUAUUUUAGACCAGCGGAAAGUUCAUUGACUCAUCUACAUUUGGGCUAUAAUUCAUUGAUGAACGCUACUCGGGAUGUUUUUGGCAAUAUGAACCAUUUGCAAUGGUUGGACAUCUCUCAUAAUCUUAUACAUGAAUUGGAUUUCGAUGCCUUUAAAAAUACUAGAGAUUUACAGCUUAUCUAUUUGUCCUACAACUAUUUGACCGAUAUACCACAAGAAGUAUUUAAGAGUGUAAAAGCUUUAAGAGUUGCCGACUUUUCUCACAAUCAUUUAAGAGGUCUACCCGAUAAUUUGUUCUAUAAUGGUGGCAUGGAAAAAUUGGAUGUCUCACAUAACAUGUUACUUAAGAUACCAUCAUCAUCUUUGUCCAGUUUGGCGGCCUUGACAUUGUGUGAAUUACAUUUAUCCAAUAAUUUCAUUUCAACCAUACACAGCAUGGAUUUAUCUAAUAAAUUUAGAUCGCUACGUUAUUUGGACAUUUCCUACAAUUAUCUAUUGCGCAUUGAUGAUGCUGUCUUUGCAACAAUGCCCAAAUUGGCUGUUUUGGAUUUAUCGCAUAAUCGUGAUUUGAAAGUUAUGGAUAAAUCGUUUAUGGGUUUGGAAAAUAGUUUGAUUAAAUUGGGUUUGGAAAAUGUAUCACUGAGUACGGUGCCCGAGAUACGUUUGAAAUAUUUACGUGAAUUUCGUUUGGGCUAUAAUGAGUUGCCUUCGAUACCACAGGAGUUGGCUCACAAUAUGUCGAAUUUGAGAAUGUUGGAUUUAUCUAACAAUGACUUGACGAAUGUACCACUAAUGACACAGUCGUUGCCGCAUUUAAGAAAACUUAUGUUAUCUGGUAAUCCCAUAACCUCCCUUAACAACAACAGUUUUGAUGGUGUCAAUGAAGAUCUUGAAAUGUUAGACAUUUCCAAUUUCCGUUUACAUUACUUUGAAUACGGUUGCCUAGAUGCUUUGCCACACUUACGCUCACUCAAACUUACAGCUUAUUCACACCUGGAACACUUUAAUAUACCACAUCUGCUGCGCCACCAUCAUAAUGUUCGUGAAUUAUGGAUAGAGGCACCACAACCGUUUACGCGUAUAUUGAAAAAGGGUUCAGGGCCAACACAAGAAAUGCAAACCGUACAAAUGGGUAUGCCAACAGAUUUGGGACGUGAAAUGGAGGGUCAUUUACCGCUAAAACUAACAAAUAUAACAAUUAGUGGACCGCAAUUUUCAAAUUUAAAUGAAAAUAUCCUAAAAGGUAUGCAGUCACCAUAUUUGUAUAUUCAACUGUUUAAUACAUCAAUACCAGAAAUACCCAAGAAUUUCUUUAAAAAUAUGGGGCGAGUACGCAAUAUAUCGUUGGACAUACGCUACAAUAAUCGUAUGUUAAAGAAGAUACCAAAUCCGAAUACAGGCACUGUACCUUAUUUGCCCAACAGUGUAUUUCUGACGGAAUUGAAAAUGUCGAAUUCAGAUUUGAAUUGUGAUUGCGAUUUGGGAUGGGUGGAAUUUUGGCAACGCAAACGGCGACAAUACAUUUGCUCUUCACAAACUUGGACCGACACAGUGUUUCGCACAUUUAUGAAUUCACCAUGUCAGAUAUAUGGCCGUUACAUGUGCGAUGAACAUGAUGAUGAUUUACGCGAAACUCGUUGUGAUAACAAAGGUGGACAACAGUUAAUGGAGUCUUUAAAAUUCGAUUUGGAAUGUGGUUGGGAUAAUGCCACCUGCCGUGAAGCUUUCCUAAUUCUUGUAUUUUCUCUAGUCGGACUAUUGUCCUGGAUGUGACUGUUGUAUUUCAUUUUUCAAACGUCGUCAGAAUUUUAUAGUAUUAUAGACAAGGUCUAUGGCGAUCAAGUAGCAUAAGAUUUUAAUAUUAAAGUUAAGAAACAUUUUUAUUAAAACGAAUGACGUAGUACUGGUAGUAAGCAGCAAUGUUAAUAGUUUACGAAAAAAAUAUUAAAAAGCGUUGUUACUUAUUCAAAAGUAUGUAGAAUGCAUGUUAGUACGACCUUUAAAUUCUGUCUAUGAUGUUUGGAAGAUAUUCUAUGGCCUCCCCCUGGAUCUAAACGAAUAACUCACUCUUUGUCUCUGUCUCUUUGCU